AUGCAAAAUAUUCUUGCAAAAGACGAAUCUCUUACCUCAACUGAAAUUAAACAAUUACUUCGUGAAUCUAUUAUACAAUGUUCCGAAAGAGGACUUUAUUUUUCUGCAAAAUGGGCUGCCGAAACAUUAUCAACGAUAGAUACAAGUGAUUUUAUACAAUCUGAUGGUUCAAGUAGCAUGGAUAAUUCACAAGAUAAAUUUACUCCUCAACAAAAUCUUGAAAUGACAAAAAUAGAUCAAUUAGAAUAUGAUUUAUAUCUUCUUGGAAAAAGUUAUUUCGAUGUUAAAGAAUUUGAUAGAGCAGCUUAUUUUUUGGAAGAAUGUAAAUCAUCAAAAUGCCGAUUUCUUAAAAUAUAUUCAAAAUACAUGGCUGGCGAAAAAAGAAAAACGGAAGAAAGUAAUGACAUUAUGGGACCUUUGGAUGAUUCAAAAGUUAUGAAUAAAGAAAUUUUAAAACUUUGGGAAGAAAUAGAAUCAUGGCAUGAAGAGGGAGGAUUAGAUGGAUUUCUAACUUAUGGAUUGCUUUUAAAACAACUAAAUCCACAAUCAGAGAAUAUUAUAGAUAUAUUCAUAGAAUCUAUUUGUAAAUACCAUUAUAAUUGGAGUGCAUGGCUAGAAUUGGCAUCUUGUAUAUCAAAUCAAGACAUGCUUAAUAAUAUUCUAUCUAAAUUACCCAACACUUUUAUGACUCGAUUUUUUAGAGUUCAUAUGUGUGUAGACUUAUUAGAGAAACCACAAUCACUAAAUGAUCUAAUAUCAGAAUUUCCAAAACCUUUUGCAAAUAAUAAUUAUUUACAAACAGAAAAAGCAGUUUUGUUAUAUAAUGCUGGAGACUAUGUUGAAGCAGAGGAAAUUUUUAGUAAUCUUUUAACCAAAGAUCCAUUUAGAAUUGAUCAAAUGGAUUUAUAUUCAAAUAUAUUGUAUGUGAUGGAAGGAAAAUCUGCAAAAUUAAGUUUUCUAGCACAUAUAACAUCAUCAACUGAUAAAUUCAGAGCUGAAACUAUGUGUGUUAUAGGAAAUUAUUAUAGUUCUAAAUCGGAGAGAGAAAAGGCCAUUUCAUAUUUUCGAAGAGCUUUACAAAUUGAUAGAUCCUGUACAGCAGCUUGGACAUUGAUGGGGCAUGAAGAUUAUAGAGCAUGGGUUGGAAUAGGCCAAACAUACGAGAUGUUAAAAAUGCCUUUUUAUGCAAUUUAUUAUUAUAAAAGAUCUAGUGCUUUAAGACCAAAUGAUGCUAGAAUGUGGAUAAGAUUAGGUUCAAUAUAUGAGCAACAGCGACUUUAUCCUGAAGCAAUAAAAGCUUUUAAUAGAGCACUUUCAGUCACAGAUAUCGAUGUUAAUUCUGCUACUACUGCCACUACAAGAUUGGCAAAAUUAUAUGAAAAGAUUGAUCCUGAUAAAGCUGCUGAAUUUCAUACUUCAAUAUUGGUUAGAUCUGAUUUGGCUAUAGAUACAGAAGAUAUUAAAUGUGCACAUACAUUUUUAUCUUUUUAUCAAAAAGAUAAAGGAAAUUUACUAGCUGCAACACAUCAUGCACGUAACUUAUUGGAAUAUGGCGGAACAGCAAAAGAGGAAGCAAAGAGAUUGUUACAUAUAAUUAAUUCAUUGAAGGGUAAUGAUAUCGUAUAA